AUGAAUCCUAAGGUUUUGGUGCUGGUGGGGCACUUUGGAGAUCACUCCUGCUCCAAGUUUGCAGAGGACCCAGAGGGGCAGACUGUGGGGCGCUGGGACAAUGAAGCCUUUGAGGUGCCAACCUAUGAAGAGGCCACAGUGUCGGAAUCACAGUGCCACCCCCAAGAGUCGGAUCAACCACCCUCCUAUAGCAGUAUUGUAAUCCCCCCAGGACUUGAGGAGGGACAGCCUAACCAUCCAGAGAAGCCCAGGAGAGCUAGACUGGACAGGCGAGUGGGCUCAGAGGGAUCUAUGACCUCAAGAAGCCCUAGAAGACCUCCAGUCAGCCUGCGGCUUCGGGGACCACGGGUGGCGUCCACUGUUCCUGAUCUGCAGAGCUUGUGGACGCUCCCUAAACUGGAACCCCUUACUCCACCCCCUGCCUAUGAUGUCAGCUUUGGUAACCCCGAUGAUGAUGUUUUCUAUGGAAACAACCGGACACCCCUCUAAAGGACCUGCCCAGGAUGUAUCAUCUUUCUGCACCAGACCCACUAACUCAGUCAUUCAACCAACGCUUCCCAGUGCCUGUUAUGUCAGGAACUGUGUCUCCACCUGGACGUCACAAACGAGGACUUUAUCCCAGAGGGGAGUCAGGCUACGGUGAGCCCUUCCCAGUUCUGAGGUGGCGCAUCCCAGAGGUGUAAGUGGCACAAUUUGAGUCUUCAGGCAGUAUUC